AUGAAGCCAUUGUUAAAACACGUAAUUUCCCCUAAUCAGGCUGCUUUUGUAAGUGAAAGACAAAUCAUUGAUAAUGUGGUUUUAGCGCAUGAAUUUAUGAGCUUAUUAGGGAAUAAAAGGAAAGGAAAGAAGAAGUUCAUGGCAAUUAAGCUAGAUAUGUUGAAAGCUUAUGAUCGGGUGGAAUGGGGCUAUAUGAAACAAAUGAUAAUCCAUAUGGGAUUUCAUGAGAGGUUUGUGGGAUGGAUUAUGGAAUGUAUAUCUUUUACGUCUUUCUCCUUUAAUUUGAAUGGAGAGAUAAGGGGAAAUGUAGUUCCUUCAAGAGGGCUGAGGCAGGGAGAUCCGCUUUCGCCAUACCUUUUUGUCAUCUGUGCUGAAGGUUUGUCUGUGCUACUAAAGCAGGCUGAGGAGCGGAAUGUACUAGCUGGUUUACAAUUGAAUAGGAAUUGGCCGUCAGUGUCUCACUUGUUUUUUGCAGAUGAUUCUUUCUUUUUCUGUGAAGCCUCGAUGCAGAGCGCAUCUGAAGUCCAAAGAAUUCUGCAAGAUUAUGCUAGAUGUUCGGAUCAACUGAUUAACACUGAUAAAUCUACAGUCUUCUUUCGCAAGAAUAUAGAAUGUCAAGAAAGAGAAGAGAUUUGUGCUAUGCUGGGAAAUAUGAAAAUAUGUACCAAUGGUAUGUAUUUGGGGCUACCCGCAGUGGUGGGAAGAUCGAAGAACGAAAUAUUGGGUUUUAUCAAGGAUAGAGUUGGGACAAAAAUAAAAGGUUGGAAAGAACGAUUCUUAAGUCCAGCAGGAAAAGAAGUAUUAUUAAAAUCGGUCCUUUCAGCUAUACCCACAUAUGCCUUGACAUGCUUUAGAAUGCCAGAUCGAUUAUGUGAACAGAUCACAUCUUUGUUUAAUAGAUUCGGGUGGGGGAAAGAUGAGGAGGUACGAAAGAUGCAUUUAGAGAAAUGGGAGAGACUUUGUGAUGCAAAAAGCAAAGGGGGUCUUGGAUUUAGAGAUUUAAAAGCGUUCAAUAUGGCCUUAUUGGCUAAAACGGCUUGGAGAGUGUUGAAAAAUCCAGACUCAUUAAUGGCUAAAGUUUUGAAAAGCAAAUAUUUCCCAAAUUCUUCUUUUAUGAAUGCAGAGGUGAAAGGAUCAUCUUCGUGGAUUUGGAGAAGCUUGAUGUGGGGAAGAGACCUCUUACGAAAGGGAGUCAGAUGGAAUCUUACGGAUGGUGCAUAUUUUAAUGUAUGGUUUGAGCCAUGGCUACCUAAGGAUGAUAAGUUUUACCCUGUUACAAUUCAUGGUGAUAGUGACAGGGAUUUAAAGGUUUUUGACUUGAUUGAUAGUGAGAGCUCAACAUGGAAAUUAGCUAUGCUUAGUGGCUUAUUCUGCGAGGGUGACAUUAAAGCUAUUCUUUCUAUUCCAUUGUCUAGGUCGGACGGGAUUGAUAGAUUGUUAUGGCACUUUACACAAUCUGGGAGUUAUGAAGUGCGUCCAGGCUAUCACCUAGCAAAAUCCUUAUUGGAGGCUCAUGAAAGGAGAAAUGAUAGAAUUGAAUCGAGUAACCAGUCUUUUCCGAAAUCAUUUUGGUUGAGUGUGUCGAAAAUGAAAACUAAUAACAACUUAAAGCAUUUUUUGAGGAAGCGUUUGUUGAAUGCCUUACCGGUUAAAAGUGUGCUAGCAAAGAGGCUAAGGCUACAAGAUACGACAUGUAGGCCAAUCAUCGCUGAAGCAAUUGCAGUUAGAGAGGCAUUGCAGAUUGCGGUUCACAAAGGAUGGAGGAAAGUGCAUAUUCUAUCGGAUGCAAUGGAAUUGGUAAUGAUAAGUCAAGGACUGAAGUCAACACCUUGGCUUGUGCAAAACGUAUAUGAAGAUAUCAUGCAGCUCAAGGACACCCUAGAUGUAGUUCGAUUUUCUUUUAUUAGAAAGAACAAAAAUAGGUGUAGUCACCGUCUUGCUAGUUUUUCAAAGACUUUAGUUGAUGCAGUUUCUUGGGAUGACCAAUUUCCUAUAUGGCUUGUACAUGAAACUCGUGACUCUUUUGCUUUGCUAUCAAAUGAAUGA